AUGGAAGACAGCAGCGGAAACACCUGGUCGUCAGCUUCUGGCCAACAUCCACCUGGAACCGUCCUUCUAGACGAUGUGACGGCUUCGCAAAGCCGAACCAUCCUGCAGCCCGUCCCCAGCAGCGAUCCCAACGACCCCCUCAACUGGUCGCGCCUCCGCAAGAACGUCAACUUUGGCCUCGCCUGCUUCUACACCUUUGUCAUCUACGUCGUCAUCGACAUUGCCACCGUCGUCUAUGGCCAGGUGAAGGACGAGCUGGGCUUUUCCUUUCAGCAGCUCAACCAGUCCUUUGCCGUGUCCGACGCCGGCAUCGCCAUCGGCGGCGUCUUCUUUAUCCCCUUUGCGCUGUGCUUUGGGAGGCGGCCCAUCUAUCUCCUGAGCAUCGCCGUGCUGGUGGGAACGACAAUCUGGCAGGCCCGCAUGCAGACGCUCGGCGACCUGUAUGGGUUCAACCUCGUGUGCGGCCUGGCGGGCUCGGUGGGCGAGAUUAUCUGCGCCAUGACGAUUGCGGAUCUCUUCUUCGUUUCGCAGCGCGGUGCCAAGACGAACAUCCUUACGAUUGCGAUUAAUACGGGCACAUAUCUCUCGCCGGUGGCGGCGGGCUACAUUGCGGCCGCACAGGGCUGGCGCUGGAUCUGGUGGUGGAGCGUGAUUUUGUCGGGAGUUUUAUUCCUGGCAUUUUCCAUCUUCUACGAAGAAACCAUCUUCACACCCGCGCCGUAUCCCAGCGCCGACGAACCAGACGCUAUCGAUGUGGAAAAAGCCGAUCUUCAACAGGUCGAAACCCUCUCCCCGGAGCGCCCUCCCAUCCGGGAUGACAUUCCCAUGAGAUCGUAUCGCGAGCGACUCGCGCUCUUCACCCGCACUGGCAGCUCUUUCAAAAGCGUGUUUCGGCACACCUACCAGCCAUUCAUCAUCCUGGCCACCUUUCCCGGUGUCGCGUUUGUCGCUCUCGUGUACGGGUCGCUGCUCGCCUGGCUGGCGAUUGUGCUCAACGUGCAGGCCACCUACUUUACGCUGCCGCCGUACAACUUCUCAUCAUCGGGUGUCGGACUUUUGAAUAUCCCCACGCUGCUUGGCUGCAUUCUUGGAGGAUACUUUGGAGGCCAUCUGUCUGAUUACACCAUUAAAUGGCUAGCGCGACGCAACGGUGGGUUGUAUGAGCCAGAAAUGCGUCUUUGGCUCGCUUUUCCCAGUAUUGUGAUAGCUCCGGCUGGAUAUUUGAUGUUUGGGUUGUCAAUUGCAAAAGGCAUGCCAUGGCCAGUUCCAGCGGUCGGCCUAGGAGUGUACGGCUUCGGGAGCACAGCUCUUGGCAACAUUACGCUCGUUUAUCUUGUGGAUUCUUAUAGAGAUGUUAUCGGAGAGGCGUACAUAGGCGUCACAUUUGUGCGCAAUGCUUUUGGCGUGGUAGGGGCCAUGUGCUUGACGCCCUGGGUUGACCGAAUGGGACUAUAUAAUAUGCAAUGGACUGCGGCUCGGUAUACCAAAAUGGCCGGGAGACAGCUUGAUGCGCGAUGA